CUGAGAAAGUAAUUAAUUUCAGUCGUAUUCAGCACAUACAAUGGUACGCUGUGCUGUGAUUAUAAAUAAAUCUGUAUGAAAUUGGUGGCCAGUAACAAAUAGGUAGUGAUAUUAAACGGUUAUCUGUUUAGUUCGCGAUCGUGUUUGAAGGUUCUAGGGACUUCUUUAGUCUCUUUAUUUGUCUAUUAAAGACAACGAUGAGUAAGCAGGCUAUCGAAUUUGAAGAUGAAGAGUAUGUAGAUGUGCGAAGUCUCCCACUAAAACCGCCGCAGCCUGCACUCCUACCUGAACGGCCGUUGCGCCGUCCCUGGCAUCCAGUUAUGUGGGACGAUUCAAUAGCUGGGAAACCUGCUACAACGGACCAGUUGCAAACAGAGCAGCAACAAAUCGUAUCGCAUGAAUAUCCACACAAGCAGCGCAUCCGCAACCUUCGCAGGCUCAUAGCUGAGGGCAAAGUGAACCCUACUUCAGAGACGCUGAUAUUUUUCCUGUGCAAUAAGUUUGCUGUUUCAGAAGAACGGCAGAAUAAAGUAUCUGUUUGA